UGGUCAAGGGUGGGAGCACGGCCCUUUUUCUGCAGAGGUGGGAAUAGCAGAGGAGCCGUCCCUCUUCAUAUGCAUUAGGCUACAACUUUCACUGUACGUGGUAGUAUCAUACUGCUUGCGAUUGUUCAGCAUUUCUGGAGUCAGGUUUUGUCUACCUCAGGCUGCUUCUGCCAUGGGGGAUGUGAAGCAUUUCCUAUAUGCUUGGUGUGGCAAGCGGAAAAUCACCCCUGCUUAUGAGAUCCGUGCUGUGGGCAACAAGAACAGGCAGAAAUUCAUGUGUGAGGUUCGUGUGACAGGCUUCAACUAUAUUGGUAUGGGCAAUUCCACCAACAAGAAAGAUGCUCAGACCAAUGCUGCAAGAGAUUUCCUUAAUUAUCUUGUUCGAGUCAAUGAAAUCAAAAGUGAAGAAAUUCCAGCUUUUGGAGCAGGAGCAGUGGGUACUCCUGCUGGAGGUGUCACUGGAGCAGAAGGUGGAGAAGGACUCGAUGCUCCUUUGGGUGGGCCAGUUCCCCCUCAUUUGGCUCUCAAAUCGGAAACGGAUUUUGCUCCUCCUCCUGGAGCUCAGUGGGAUCGUGGAGCUAACCUGAAGGAUUAUUAUUCCAGAAAGGAAGAACAGGAGGCACAGGCUACCUUGGAGUCAGAAGAAAUUGAUUUAAAUGCUGGCCUUCAUGGAAAUUGGACAUUGGAGAAUGCUAAAGCCCGUCUGAAUCAGUUUUUCCAAAAGGAGAAAAUCCAAGGCGAAUAUAAAUACACUCAAGUGGGGCCUGAUCACAACAGGAGCUUCAUUGCAGAAAUGACUAUUUAUGUGAAACAGCUGGCCAGAAGAAUCUUUGCUCGUGAGCAUGGCUCAAAUAAAAAGCUGGCAGCACAAUCCUGUGCUCUUUCUCUGGUCAGACAGCUCUAUCAUUUGGGCAUCAUUGAGGCUUAUUCUGGACAAACCAAGAAGAAGGAAGGUGAAUCGGUAGAGCCUUAUGAAGUCAGUCUCACUUCUGAUUUGGAAAACCAGCUGCAAAGAAUUAUAGAAGAUAUGGGUCUUGAAGUAAUUUCACCGCCUGAGGAUCCCCAAUCACCUGUUCUGCUCAGCAUUGGAAAGUUAGCUCACUUUGAACCAUCCCAAAAACAGAAUCAAAUGGGAGUUGUGCCAUGGUCCCCGCCACAGUCAAACUGGAAUCCAUGGACUAGCUGCAAUAUUGAUGAGGGUCCUCUGGCAUAUGCUACACCAGAACAGAUAAGCAUAGACAUAAAAAGCAACCUCUUGUAUCAGCUGGAAAAUGAUCAGGAACUACAGAAAGUAAGUGUGCAGUUAUUUGAAUGUGUAGACUCCUGAAGGGUAGGUUGUACCUUAAAAUAGAGAGCCAAACUCAAAAUAUGUAUUUACAUAUCUUUACCCAGUCUUCUGCAUUUCUGGAAGAAAGGUAUAUAUUUCAUUCUAUGUCUCAUCAAAAGUUUGCUUAACAAUAUGUUUAGAGGCGAUAUAUCACAAUAUAUCACAAGCAGACUGCAAAAAUUAUGAUAAAUGGAGAUUUAACAGAACAGAUAGUCAUAACAAAAGGGACGAGACAAGGUUGUCCACUAUCGCCCUUGUUGUUUGUCUUAACAUUAGAAGUGUUGAACAGGAAUAUAAGAGAAGAGAAAGAAAUAAAAGGAAUGAAGAU